AUGUCGUCUCCUCUUGUUGUUAUAGCAGGUGUCGGCCGAGGCACGGGCACAGCCAUUGCAUUGAAAUUUGCGUCCAAGUACCCUGUUGUGUGUCUUGCACGUAAUGCUGACAAUUAUAACGAGACAGUCGGGAAAGUUAAUGCUUCUGGGGGCAAGGCGAUAGGUAUUAGGACAGAUCUGGCCAGCGCCGACAGUGUCAAAGGUGCUUUCAAUCAGAUUGAGAAGGAAUUCGGAGUGGGAUAUGGCCUGGCAGCCGCGGUCUUCAACGCCAGUACGAGGCCAGUUCGUAAGCCAUUUCUAGAGCUGACAGAAGCUGAAUACGUGGGCGGCUACGAGGUCCUGGGCCGUGGUGCAUUCCUCUUCUCCCAAUUCACCCUUCCACGCCUACUGAAAUCCGUUGCUCAAUCAUCAUCAUCAUCAUCAUCAUCAUCAUCAUCAUCAUAUCCGCCAACUCUUAUCUUUACUGGUGCCACUGCAUCUGUCAAAAGCUCUGCCCAAUUUGCAUCCUUUUCCAACGGAAAAUGGGCUCUUCGAUCUCUAUCUCAGAGCCUUGCAAAAGAGUUUGGGCCAAAGGGGGUUCAUGUUUCUCACGCCAUCAUCGACGGUGUUAUCGGAAUACCUUCUACCCUGGAUUCGAUGAAAGAGGCUGACCCUGCCACCAUGAUUGCACCGGAAGCUAUCGCCAGCGCCUAUUGGUAUCUACACACUCAACCAAGGUCGGCUUUCUCGUGGGAGAUUGACAUCCGACCUUUUUGUGAGAGCUGGUAA